CUUCUACACAAAGCUCGCAUCCAGGGCUGCUCUGUUCUUUCACACGGGCGCGCUGCGACAGCGAUUCCCCACCGGCGAGAUGUCGACGGACGGUCUGGAGCUUAACGGUAACUUUGGAGCCAACAUCGCCGGAUUGGAGUUUGAUGUGUUCCCGGUGGAAUCCUAGGAUUCCAUGAGUGCUCCACCCAUAGAGCUCGAGAAGAACGAAGAAUCAGGGCUGAUCAAAGAUGGGCAGAGAUUCGAGGUGUGCUCUGAAGCUACAAGCGGCUGGACGAGGAGAGUGAGGCUAGGGAAGGUACCUGAUGAGAGGGGCAUGAACCCGGACAGGAAGACGGCACUUGAGCUGUCUAUCCGUGCUUUUGCCGAAAAAGGUGAAGGGCAUGUCGUGAGUCCAAAAAUUGGCACGGAGUUUGACUCGCUGGACGAGGCGUAUCAGUUCUACAACGUAUAUUCAUGGGAAAUAGGGUUCGGUAUACGGCUGGCAAAUAGCAGGCUGAACGUGGAAAGAACAAGAUGUAUGCAAGAGAUUGUCUGUGCGUGUGCGGGGUCCCCGUUGAAGGAGAACAGCCGUUCUUCGAGGUGUGGUUGCAGUGCAAUGAUAAGGCUGCUCCGAUCAAAGGAUGGCGGUUGGUACAUAUCAGAGCACAAAGCAGGGCACAACCAUCCGCUUUCCAUUACAUGUGGACAGAAAAUGCAUUGGAAGUCGCAUAGGCAUAUAGAUAGAUACACCAAGGAUCUUGUGAAACAGCUCAGGGAUAAUAAUGUUGGCCUCGGAAAGGUUUUCAGCAUUAUUGGUAGCUUAUUUGGUGUCACGGAGAAUGUGCCUUUUACAAAGAGGUCGUUGAAGACAUUAUGCAAGAAGCUCAACAAGGAGCAGUCGGAUUUUGAUGCUGUCAAGACUAUGAACCUGCUUGGGGAGAUGAAAGCUAACGAUCCAGAUUUCAACUACACCGUGCAGGUCGACGAGGAGAGCCGCAUAAAGACACUUAUGUGGGUGACUAGUAGGGGGUGCGAUCAGUACAGGUGUUUCGGAGAUGCAAUAACAUUUGACACAACCUACAGGACAAACUUGUAUGAUAUGCCAUUUGGUCUCUUUGUCGGCGUCAACAACCACUUCCAGAGCAUAAUUUUCGGGGGAGCGAUGAUGAGAGACAAGAAAGAGGAAACAUUCAAGUGGAUCUUCAGGGAGUUUGUCCGUAUGGUGGGUGGGAAACACCCGCAGACAAUACUUACAGAUCAGGCACGCUCCAUGGAGCUGGCAAUCGAAGUAGAGCUGGCAAUCGAAGUAGAGCUGCCUAAUACCGUCCACCGUUGGUGCAAAUGGCACGUUUUGAAAAAAUCUAAGGAGUCCAUGGGUGUUCUUUGGAGCAAGAACAACGAAUUCAAACUGGAAUUUCACAAGCUUGUCCAUCACAUGAUCACGGAAGAAGAGUUUGAGGAGGGCUGGAGACAGAUGUUGGAGAAAUACUCUUUGAAGAAACAUCCUUUCUUGACGCAGAUAUAUGAGGUCAGGCAUAAAUGGGCGAAGCCGUACUUUAGAGGGGUGUUCUGUGCCAGGAUGACAAGCACUCAACGGAGCGAGAGCGCCAACCAUCUGUUGAAAGGUUACGUGCCGCCAGGGUGCCCAAUGCAUCUAUUUCUUAAGCAGUUUCAGAAACUGCAAUUUGACAGAGAGGCGGAGGAGAGUUUCCAGGAGAAGAGGACGUCCCUGAGCGGUGUGUGCCUCCGGGUCAAUCUUCCAAUUGAGAGGCAUGCUAGCAAAGUUUACACAAGAGCUAUGUUCGAAAAGUUUGGUGAAGAAUUGUAUAAGUGUGGGGCGCAUGUGUUGGAUGAGGUGGUGCCUAGGAGGGUUUAUAAGUCGACCCAUGUAGAAGCGGAAAAAAGGGAGAAAUGGAGCAAAGUUGAAUUCAAGAUAGAAGUGGAUGAAGACGAGAGUUUUUUCAGUUGCGAGUGCGGUUAUUUUGAACAUGCUAGGAUAGUGUGUUGCCAUGCAUUGCAGGUGAUGGUGCACUUCCGAUUGCAGAAAAUACCACAGAAGCAUAUACUUAAACGAUGGACGAGAGAGGCGCGUGACAUUCUUCCUGAUCAUUUGGUGAGGUAUCAGAGAGACAGAGGACCGCCAGCUAGUGACACAUUCAGACACCACACAAUGUACAUGAAAGCGCUUGAAUGUGUCGUGCUUGGAGACAGCAAUAUUAAGUGCUAUGAUGAAAGAGGUACAUGCGACUAUGCUUCCGCUAAGCAUUGAUAAAGAUGGAAUGGGGCUUGCAGAGAGAGAAAAACAGAAGCAGAAUGCAGUGCAGAAGGGCCAUGCACCAACGGAGGGCGAUACUGUGAUGCAAAAACUUACAGGAGACGGUGAAUCCAGUUGCUCUGUUGUUGGCCUGAAUGAGAAGAAGAGGCGGAGGGGGAGGCCGACAAACUGCGGGGACAAGGCUCCGUAUGAGCAGCAAGUUAAGAGGUCGCGGUUUUGCACUAUCUGCAGAGAGCAGGGGCACAAGUGUACAACUUGUCCCCAGCGAGGCAAUUUGCCGAAAGCUCCAAGGAAGUCGCCGAAAUUCACGAACUGUGGUGUCGUUGGACAUUGGCGCAAUACUUGCGGCACUAAGAAAACAGGCCCAUUUGAGCCGAACUUCCUGUAGGCGGUCUGAUUUGCCUGCAUCUGUUCUGUUGAUUUAUCAUCUGUUUUUCCGAUGUUUUUCAGACUCUAUGUCAUGUAUGCUUGAAGUGAACUCUAUGAUAUGUGACCAGCAUUACUUAUUGCUGAAUGUAUCGUUUAGUAAAUCGGCUGGUGAUGAUGUAUGUUCAAGAAAACAACAUGCGCCGUCAUGGUGACUUGAUUUUUCCAUCUGUGUUUGGUAGAACACAAGACUAA